GAAGACUUGGGGUAUCUUUGUUUAUAUGACUCAGAAAGAGGGUUAAGAGAAUCUCAAAGACAAAUUCUUCUUCAGGAAAAGACUCAGUGGGGAGAUGAGUGGUUUGCUAUGGGGGACUGGAAUGAUAUAUGCUCCCCUGCAGAAAAGAAAGGUGGCAGGAAGAGAAAUGCCUGUAGCUUUCUUGAUUUCAACAGCUUUAUUUCUAGUAUGGAAAUGGAAGAAGUGACUAUGGCUGUCUAUCAAUUCACAUGGGCUAAUAAUAGGGAAGAGGAGGGUUUGUGUGACGCCCC